AUGGCGGCAACCGCUAACAUCAACCCGACACCGCAGUCGGUCACAAGCCUUAUUUCCAAGCUGGGCGAUGCCGAUCCGGACUUUCGAUUCAUGUCCUUGAAUGAUCUCCUACACGUAUUGAACAUAGCCAAACCCGAUUUUCUUCAACAUGACUACAACACGGCAGCUCGAGCGGUUGAAAGCAUUAUCAAGACGCUCGAUGAUCAGAACGGUGAAGAAAAAGCCGUCCAGGUUCUAACAGUCCCUCGCAGUGUCGCGCCCCUUGUCGGCAAAGUCCCCAUGGCUAUUAUUGCGCCCAUGAUCGACAAGCUAUCUUCGAUGGUACUGAAGAACUCGGUCGACAAUGCCGUCACCUCACUCGCGCUGCGAUCUGUGAUAAUAGCGCUUCCUCGCCCAGUUCCGGGAAUCCCUACAACUCAUGAUGUUCAGCAAUCAUACGACGCCAUUCGACGAGUUCUUAUUCCUCGUCUCAUCGGUCCGAAUGCGGCCACACCAAGUCGACAAACGACCGACAUAUCGUUACCCGCUGUACCUGCCGGUAUGCUGCAAGGAGAUGAUGCCAAUGCUGAAACCGUUGACGUAUUGAUAGAAGUGGUACGGUGUUUUGGGCCACUUCUUGAACCUGUCGAGGUCGAAGCCAUGCAACAUGUGGUUAUGCAGCUUCUUGAGAGCAGCAGACAUUCUUCCGUCGUGAAGAAACGAGCGGUCGUUGCCAUUUCUAUGCUUGCUGUCUACUUAGCGGACGAGCACCUGCGGGACGUAAUUCAAAGACUGGCAUCUAGACUCUCUGACCCUGGCACCGGUCCUGUUUCACGACGUCUCUACAUCUCCAUUGUGUCGAGUAUGGCCCGGUCCAUCCCUGUUCGAUUCGAAGCCCAUAUUCGGGACACUGCGCCACUGAUGCUCAAAGAACUUUCUGAGGAAGAGCUUCAACAUCACCUGGAGAAGCUCAAUGACGGGGAAGACCUUGGCCUUGAAUUCAAUGAAGUCCGGGAAGCGGCCCUGGUAUCGAUUGAGGCGUUCCUGGCUUCCUGCCCCCAAGAAAUGCGUCGAUACACCGCCGAAGUCAUUGCGGCCACACUUCGAUACCUCAAGUACGAUCCCAACUAUGCAGUCAAUGAGGAAGAUGACGAUGUCGACAUGGAUGACGAUGAGGACCAACAAGACGACGAUGAUGAAUAUGACGCCGACGAUGGAUUUGAGGACGACGACGACGAUGCCAGUUGGAAAGUCCGUCGCUGUGCCGCCAAAAUUCUAUACACCCUCAUAUCAACCCGUGGCAGCGGAGACCUGCUAGAUAACGGCGUGUUGUAUAGAGACGCUGCUCCUUCCCUAAUUAGGCGUAUCGAUGAACGCGAAGAGAACGUUCGACUGGAGAUUAUUUCGGCCUUGGCACUUCUGAUUCGGAAGACUGGUGAAGGCUUACAUGUGGCCAAUCUCUCCUCGGACGAUUUUGAUCCUCCCUUGGCCGUGGCGCCGGCGCCGCUUCACCGCAAGCGCCGGAGACAGAGCAGUGCCGGAACCGCAACGACAAUCUCGCAGUUCAUGGCGGGCUCCGGUCUCACUUCGCCAGUCCUUGAGAAGGUACCUGCCACCGGCCCUCGCGCAGACUUGGCACAACUUACACCUGGUAUAGUGAAGGCAUCCAUCAAACAACUCAAGGGCAAAACUGUGCCCACAAAACAGUCUGUUAUCAAUCUUUUGGAUGACAUUGUGUUGGUGCAGCGGGGCGGCCUGGCUCUUUUUUUCCCAGAUCUUAUCGGUCCGGUCCUUGAUGCUGCAAAGUCCACAGGGCAUGGGGCCACAGCUUCAUCUUUGGCCUCUGCUGGGGGUUCUGCAUCGGCAACAUUUAGUACACUUCGCAUCGCAACUUUGAGAUUGAUUAGCGACAUCUCGAAGACGCACUCAUCGUCGAUUCUCCAGCCUUAUCUAACGAUGAUCGUUGCUGGAGUUGCUGCCGCAGUUCAUGAUCGGUUCUACAAGAUUUCGAGCGAGGCCAUCAAAACUGCCGAAGAACUUGUGAAAGCCAUUACUCCACCGCGUUCCAAAAAUUCAGGCUCCAGGUUCAUGGCCGAAUUGGAAUCACUUUAUGAAGUCCUUAUGGACAAGGGUUCGGCAAACGAUGCCGAUGCCGAAGUCCGCCAAGGAGCCAUUCACGCACUGGGGGUUUUGAUCUCGAGGACUUCGGGCGAUGGUUCCAGUCUUUUAUCUGCAGACAGGCGGAUGAAGGCUCUCAACGUAUUGCGUGAGAGGCUUAAGAACGAAACCACUCGACUUGCUGCGGUGCGCGCUGUAGAUAAUGUGGCGGCAUUCGCAUCUAGCUCUGAUGAACUUGAGAAAGGUUGGAUUCAGGACGUUGCACUUGAACUCUCAGCCCAACUCCGCAAGGCAAAUCGAUCUUUGCGAGGCUCAAGUGUUAAUGCUUUGAAACAUCUCAUCUUGUCGAAUGCCUCCAAGGAUCAGCUUGAGGAGGAGACGGUCAAUGGCGUUGUUUCCGCAUUAAUGCCAGUCGUCACGAACAGCGACACCCAUCUACUUGGACCUGCUCUGGUUAUACUCGCCAGCCUAACACCAUCACACUCCAACAUUACCGUUUCCCAACAAAUGGUUGCUGCCCUCUGCCAGCUCUUGAAGUCUCAUUUUGCGGGAAUCGCCCUGGACCAGCUCCUGGAGCUGAUGGCCAGGAUUGGUGAAAGCGGUGUUGGCCAGCCACUCAUGCGCGGGCUACUCAAGGAUGUUAGUAUCUCCGGAGACCCGUCUGUAGUGGGCAAAGUUAUCGGCACAUUGCUUGUCACGGGGGACACUUCAGCGGGGGUCUCUGUUGAUAGCUUCAUCUCUGAGCUGGAGAAUAGCUCUAAGAAGGGGGAUGGCGCUCGUGUCAGCCUUGCCCUUGCUGUCCUGGGAGAGACUGGUAUGCGGCUUGGGCCAGCAUCACCAAUGAAACCAGACUUGUUCUUGCGCCAGUUUCACUCAGAACCUGACAAAGUAUCGCUUGCAGCCGCCAUUGCACUUGGCCGCGCUGGAUCAGGCAACGCCUCAGAGUUCCUGCCUGUCAUUUUGGAAAAGAUGCAAGCAGGAGGAAACACUCAGUAUCUUCUGAUCCAGUCUGUAAAGGAGAUUCUUCAAUCCAUUACUGUCCAAUCUGACAUACAAGAAUAUGCCGUUCCUAUUUGGAACCAACUACUUCAAGCCUCGGAAAUCGCCGACAACAGAGUUGUCUGCGCUGAAUGCGUAGGACGAUUAGUGAUAAUCGACCCCGGCUCUUUUAUGGCCAAGCUAAAGACGCUACUCAAGAACACAUCAUCAGGCAUCCGGGGCAUGGCUGUGCAGGCUGUCCGAUACACUCUCCCUGAGAGCGAGGAAGCGUUUGAUGCCGAGCUGAAGAACUACCUGAUCGACAUGCUUCUGGUGAUGUUGCAAGAUACGGACACAGAAAUCCGAAGACUGGCCAUGUCGACCCUCAACUCUGCGGCACACAACAAGCCAGAUCUUAUUCUGCCACGUCUUGGUGACCUCGUGCACUUUGUGCUGAGAGAAUCCAUAAUUAAGCCUGAGCUUGUCAAGGAGGUCAUGUUAGGCCCGUUUAAACACACCGUAGAUGAUGGCUUGGAAGUCCGAAAAAGCGCCUACGAAACCUUGUACGCCCUAAUGGAGACCGUGUUUACGCGGAUCAAUAAUGUCGACUUUUAUGAUCGCGUAAUGGCUGGCCUGAAGGACGACAAUGAUAUCCGACAGCUCUGCAACCUCAUGGUGUCAAAGCUCAUUGUCAUAGAUCCAGACGAGACAGCUCGGAGACUUGACUCGAUUGCAGAAGCAUAUCGAGGAGUAUUAUCCGUCAAGCUCAAGGAGAACGCCGUUAAACAAGAUGUGGAGAAGCAAGAAGAGGCAAACAAGAGUGUGUUGAGGGUCACGCUAUUGCUCGGAGAUAAGAUGAAGGCCAUGACUGGUAGUGCUGGCGCUGUUACUAGCAAUGCUGGGGCAGCUGGUAUUUGGACCUCAUACUGGGAAUGGGUCAACAAGGAAUUUGACAAGCAGUUGAAGGGCCUGAGGGAGGAGACAAAGGAGCUCCAGUCCCAAAUGAUGUAA